UCAUCUCUUCUUCCCUCACUUUGCGAUGAGCGUUCACCUUCUCUCUCUCACCUUCAUCGCUUGGGGACUCGGUGAGGCUGUGAGGAUUUGUGUUAUAACCUUGGGCCUUCGUCGAUGACUACUUUCGCAGACCAUAAAUUUAUGUGAGCGAAGGAUACACCAAGCUUCCUCCAAACAACCUCAGACCAUGGGUGCCACUCAGUCCCAAACUGAGAUCUUGCCGUGUCAGAAGUCCCACAACAGUUACUCUCCCAUCUCCACAGUCGAAAUUCCACCAACCCCAUCAACCCCGAAGAACACUUCCAGUCCACUGCAACCUUUGCAGACUACAGCUCUUUCUCCGGCAAACGACAACGCCCCGCCAUGCUUCCGUUUCCUCGACCUGCCGCCAGAGUUGCGAAACAUGGUCUACAAAGAGCUCAUGGCUGUCGGUAAAGUCUUCUACACACCCGACGACUACGACAUCCGCAAUGGUUCGCGAUUCCGCGAUUAUGACUUGUUCCCCAAACCAGAGUUGCAGCUUUUGCGGGUCUGCAAGCAAGUUCAUGAAGAGGCUGAGAGCGUGUAUCUGUCCAGCAAUCUCUUUGUGCUUCCGAUUGAGUGGCAGCGGUGCCAUCCUUUCGUGAAGACACGCCGCCCGCCCAUUGAGAGGCAUCUCUGCUCUUCUGCGGGUCUAUCUCAUAUCAGGAAAGUCAGUGUGGCUGUGGAUCAAAAACUCUCAGAGCUAUCAGGAUACUCAUUUAACGACUGGAAACGCGACGAGGCCAUGAGAUAUACAACUCGAUACGCCCAGAAGACAGACCGACAGAGAUUCCGUAAGGUUCACGAUUCGCACCUGGAAGAUGUCUACGUGCGUUGGGCGAACAUGUUUCGAAACCUGCAGCUUUUCCGAGGCGGUCUUUCGCACGUCGAAAUUGACUUUACCAACGCAUUCUGUUCUAUUGGAGACUGCAGACCGAUAUACUCCUCACCGAUGCGAUGGAUUCGGAGCAUCAAGCCUAAAUUUAUUCAAGUACUUGGUAUGCUCGACAUGGAUGAGAAACAGGAUUUUAUGGAGAAAGCUUUUUUCGAGGGGAUUACACACGAUGAGUUGAGAUAUAAGUAUGGACUACGGUUCCGGAAGUUCGGCGAUGGCUAUCAUUAAGACAUAUGGAGAGCAUCGUUACUGGAACUCGUCGAUUUCAGGUCGCGUUCGAGUUUCGUAUAAGCGGAGAUUUAGCAAUGAU